AUGAUCUCAUUCAAAUCAUCACUCGCUUUCUCCCUCUUUCUUCUCUCACUGUCUCUCUUCUUCUCAGAUCCUUCCCUCACUGUCUCCCUUAAUCAACGUCAAUAUUCUUUACUGCUUUUCAAAGUCUCUCUCUCUCUCUCUCUCUCUCUCUCUCUCUCUCUCCCUAGUAUUUUAUCUCUUUCUUUUCUUCUUCGGUUCUGCCUUAAUUUUAAUUUACAUUCUUUCAUCUUUCUCUUUUAUUCUUUCUGUCUCUUAACCUUUUUCCUUAACUCGGUCUUCAUAUUCUUUGUGUCUUAUCUGAUUGGCUUAUCGGCACUCUUUCUCUUUCCUUUUUUUUCACAUUCUAUUUUUCUUUCUCUUCCUUUCUUCUAUCGAUCAAUUUCUUUCUUUUUUUCUUCUCUCGUUCGAUUUCAUUCUUUUCCUUUUUCCCCCCAUUCUGUUUCUAUCUUUCUUUUCUCUUCCUUUCUUCUCCCGUUCUAUUUCUUUCUUUCUCUUCCUUUCUUCUCUCAAUUUCUUUCUUUCUCUUCCUUUCUUCUCUCAAUUUCUUUCUUUCUUUUUCUUCUUUUCUUCUCUCGUUCUAUUUCUUUCCUUCUUUUCUAA